AGUGUCAUGGGACGCACAGGGACCGGGAAGUCCUCAUUUGUCAAUACUGCGACCGGCUCGCAUUUGGCUGUCAGCUCGUCCCUCUCAUCCCAAACACGCACCAUCCAGCUGUCAAGACCAGUCAAGAUCGACUCAAAACGUGUCAUCCUGAUUGACACACCGGGAUUGGACAUGACUACGAAGUCCACUGAGGAGGUUGUCCGGCUAGUAAAUGCGUACCUGACCAAGAUGCGGAAGAGAGGCACCACCGUCCAUGGCACAAUUUAUCUCCACAGGAUCUCUGACAAUCGCAUGGGACACAUAGCGCUGGAGAGUCUCGUUGCCUUCCAGGAGCUGUGCGCCCAGGAGGCGCUGACCAACAUCGCCAUCGUGCUCAACAUGUGGGAGGACGUCUGUCACAACGUGCGAGAAACGCGGAAGGACGUCCUGUGCACCCGCAAGGCAUAUUUCAAACCUAUUGUAGACGCCGGCGCUGUCAUCUUCCACCAUGACAGGAUCGCCAGUUCCGCGCGCGACAUAAUACGACACCUCGUUACGCGCAUACCACAGCCA